CUUCACUGGUAUCAAAUUAGAGUAUGUGGAACUCGCUCGACUGCCGUACUCGAGCCUGGAAGAGUACGAUGGCUCGCAAGCCGACUUCACAGUAUAACUUUGAGGUAUUUGUGGUAGCGGAGCUUUGUUUUUCUUCGGAGCUAAUAUUUGCACAAAAUGAUAUGCAAAUGAAUGAUGAAGAAUUCGGAACAACAGAACCUUCAGAAGAAGAGUGGCAUAUGGAUUUUAUGCCUACUGGCUACCUUCCGGACAGUGUUUACAGAGAACUAGCUUGGUACGGCAUUCUGCAGAUUCAACCUCUCCAUCAUAGUUCUAAGCAUAAAGUGGCAGCACAGUUAAUAUGGCAGCAUACCCUUGGGCGUCCUCACGUUAUUAUGGAAAAUCCACCACAGUCUACCCAAUCGCCUGGCAAAGUAAGUCGCCAAAUUAUAGCUGAGGAAGCUGCAAAAUGGUCAAGGGAGCAACGUGCAGCUCAAGAAGUUCUUAUGGAGAAUAUAAAAAGUGGCGGCAAUGGUUUAACGGUGAGAACUGUUAUUAGUUCACGCAAGAAAACCAUUUAUAUAAUACAAAAUGGUAAUUAUUACAAAUGUCCAGAGAACUCGGAACCAGAUAUGGAUGCGUACAGAGUACAGGCCAAUAUGCAUGAACGAAAGUGUACCUUUGGAAGGCAAUCAAUACCAGUUCCAGUAGAUCCUUGUAUAGAGGCUGAAAUGGCACCAAUAGAGUAUUCCUUUCACGAAGGCUGGAUGUUCUGCCUUGGUAAUGGUGAUAGAGAAAAUAAUUAUUUUCAGAAUGGUACGCUGGAUUGUGGUAACAAAAUUAAGGUAUCAUUAGAUGAUUUUCUGAGUGAUUGUGCGAUCGACAACAAUAUUGUGAUCACAUUUGAUUAUUUUGGUGAUGAACCUCGGAAAGAUAUGAUUCAUAAUGCUACAAUUUGUACAUCCUGGGAUCCUUGUCAUUUGUCCUAUUUUUAUCGUUUAGAGCCACCACCAGUGGAAAUGACACCUGCAUUCCCAACUUCUACAGAAGAUCCAUGUGAGACAACAAUUUGCGCUGAAUGCAUGGAGGGAUAUACCGAUGAUGUUGGAGUUCAAAUAGAUGUUAUUCAAAACGACGAAUAAAGAAGAAUCUACCAUAUAUAUUUAUAUUAUAGUGUUAUAACUACCGUACGUUUUUAAUUAAUACUAUUAUCUAAUUUAAAUUGUGUAUUUUAUCACCAUUUCUAAUUCGAAUUAGAAUCGCAAUAAAUAUUUGACAUUAUAA